AUGAGAGAAAAAGGAGUUAUACGACGUUCAAAGGAUGCUGUUCAAAAAGAACUUUCAUCAUACAAUGAAUUAUAUCAAGAUUCAACAUCUGUCGAUAAAAGAAAAGUUCAACAUAAAACGUUAGUAACGAAUUAUUAUAAUUUAACAACAGAUGGUCAUGAAUAUGCUUGGAGUAAAAAUUUUCAUUGUGUUAAUCGAUUUCGUGGUGAAACAUUCGGAGAAUCAAUUCAACGACAUGAAUCUUGUUUAGCAUUAAGAAUGCAACUUAAACCAGAAGAUAAAGUACUUGACAUCGGUUGUGGAGUUGGAGGAUCAUUAAGACGUAUUGCACACUUAACUGGAGCACAUGCUACCGGUGCACCAGCUAACUGUCAAUUUAUUCAAGGUGAUUUCAUGGACUUACCAUUUGAAAACAAUAGUUUUAAUCAUGUUUAUGCUAUAGAAUCUCGUAAAUGUUUCGCUGAAGUUAUUCGUGUAAUUAAAUUAGGUGGCUCAUGUAUUGGCUAUGAUAUGUAUUUAACUGAUAAAUAUGAUAAUCAAAAUCAUGAUGAUAAUGAAAUAAUACAUAUGCUGGAAUCAAGUUUUGACUUACCCGAAUUCAAAUUAACUCGUGGAUUAAUUUCGGAUCUUAAAUCAGUUGGUAUUACUGCUGAAGAAAAUCGAAUAAUACCCGAAGCUGAUAUUCAUAGUUAUCAACGACUAGAAGGUUAUGAUUCAUUUUUAUCAUUAAAUCAUUUUCUUACAAGCCCUCUUGGCCGAUGGUUAGGACUUAAUAUAAUUUGGCUUAUGGAAAAAACUCGAGUAGUUUCUAAAGGCAUUGCAGCAAUAAGUGAUAUGUGUCAAAAAUCAGCUAAAAGUGGAUUACAUGCUGGUAAACUUGACAUAGUUACUCCUAUGUUCUUUUUUCUUGCUCGAAAACCUGAAUUAUAA